AGCACCAGAUUGUCGGCGUUAGUUUCCACUCCACAUUGUUUUUAACACGAGCAAAACUUCUGACUGCAACUUCACCCUGUCCUAAGCCAGAUUUUUUAACAAGACAAGAUGAGUUUUUGAACGCAUCACGUACAGGAGCUGCUUGUCGUUUUUGGAACCAUCGUUUCACCAGCAUUGAUUGCAGCGACAAACUGUAGUCGUUUCACAGUACUUGCUGUGCUCCGUCCACGAGACCAAGACACGAGAACCACGAGCACUACGUGAACCCAAGCACCACGUCCCAAUGUUCGAAACGGGUAACAGCACCGGUUCAAACUACCAGCCGCCCCGGAUGUCGGCGAAUCCGCAGCCGGCUGGGAACUCAAUAGACGACAUUUUCGCGGACAUAAGCAGCACUCCUGCCCCUUCCACCAGUACAACUGCGCCGCAAGCGAGCAGAAAUGAGCUUGAUAAUUUUUUCAGCCAGGAGAAAAUCUCCACCGCAAGUACAACCGGGACGGUUUCGAUGGCGGGGUCGCUCGGAGGCGGGGUAUCAACACCGAGUUCAUUAUCCGGCACCAUGACCCCAGUUGUCCCCGCCGGCGGGGCGCAAGAGAUGACGGGGUUUGGGUCCGCGCCGCCACCCACGGCGUUGCAGCAGGCCAUACCGGAGUUCAUAAAAAACGCGAAGCACCCGGUCGUGUGCUGCUUUCACCUGCUCUUCAAGAUGCUGUGGUAUAAAAGAGUAGAUGCUGUUGAUUCACUUCCCUUCUAAGGUGUUUCAUCGCAUGAGAAAUGAUGUUUCUGAGGAUGAUUGCGCAAUACAAAUUCAGUUGACUUGUGAUCACAUCAAUAACAGCCUCUUCGCCUACCUCUUCGGCGGUUACCUGUGGAGCAACACAGUGCUGACCUACAUCUUCUGCAUCCUAUUUUUGGCUUUCGACUUCUGGACGGUAUAGCUGGUUGUUGUUUUGAGCGUGAGAUGAUCUUACCCUGGUUCGCAUGACAAAUAAGUACCAUAAAUGCUUGACAACUUUGCAUGACAAAGCACUUCUUCUCAAAGGUAAAGAACGUCACCGGACGAAAGCUAGUAGGUCUCCGCUGGUGGAACAUCAUAAAAGACGACGAAGCCACGGGUGAGGAGGUCAACGAAUGGAUCUUCGAGUCUUUGCAAGACGAAUCACAGCUGGAUCCGCUCGACAAAAACGUCUUCUGGCUGGGAACGUAUGUUUUUUUUUGGUCUCUUUGUCAUGCAUAAAGCUGAAUGACUUUGGUUUGACUGCGGUCUUUUGUCAUGCGCAAAACCAAUGAUCAAAACUGCGACUACUCUCUUAUCGAAACGAAAAAAUGAAAACAGGUAUAGCUGGGCGUUGAUCUGGACGCUUUUCCUCAUCCUGAACGUGAUCUCCCUGAACCUCAGUUGGGUCGUUUUCCUCGUCGUUGCCAACGUGUUCGCCUGGAGCAAUCUGGUCGCGUUUUGGAAGUGUUCCCGGGAUAUCAAAUGCAAAAGUGUCUGGGUCUGGAAGAUUGCGAGACUUGUCAUGCUUGUCCGGCAUGACCAAAAACAAAGUUUGUGAUGCGUGUCCAAGAAGAGACCCUUUUGCCUGUCAUGCAAAAACGCAGCUUGUCAUGCGAAAAACGCAACACAAGGACGCGCAGAUAUUUCUCGUGCUUGCCUGUGCAUUACAGAGCAUUCACUAGUCCCAACGCAGCAUUACAAGUUUCCAGAUCCAAAUAUUUUUGCAGUUGAUACGGGACCAGAAGGACAAGAUGCAGAGUUGGGUGGCCGGGGCGAUGUUUAAGAACGCAACCGGGUUCGAUUUGGGGAGGUUGGUGUGAGAUUGGAGGUUGAAUUAGUUGAUGGCAUUGAACAACUCCUUGAAGAUUCCCGAAUGCGAUUGAUUUUACUGCGCAUGUAGUAGAGCCGCAGAGUGGUGCUACAAUACUGUGCUUACAAUUGAAAAGCGACACUUGCGACACGGGCCUUCGCCCCAUCGAGAUAGAAGCUGCAAUAACACACGCACAACGAAGGUUCAAUACCUUGCUCAGCGAAUGAGCAAAAUGGGGGGUGUCUGG